AUGGCGCAGAUCACCGCCCGGGUAUCGGACGAAGUAGCCGAGGCGCUGGAUGCGGCGGCGGCCACGCUCAACCGCAGCCGUGCCGAAGUAAUCCGCCAGGCUCUGGAAAGCUACCUGGAGGACUUUGACGACCUCACCGUCGCUCUGGAGCGGCUGCGGGACCCCUCCGAUCCGGUCCUGGAUUGGGAUGAGGUCCGGCGUGAGCUACUCGAUUCGGAUUAG